GACCACACUGAAGGGAAGCAGAGUUCAGUCAGCAGGGAGGGGGUGCCAACAUGAUCAUGUGGGACAUUUAGGGCUUCCGUUUUUAUUUAUUGAGGGGUGGGCGGGUUGUUUUCAGUUAUUUCUUUUGGUUUUACCUUAUUGGUAGUACAUCCUGGUGCUUUUAGGUCCCGGUAGAAGUAAGACACUUGUGUAGUCAUAUUUUCACGUCCGUUAUUCCCUCCGCCAGAUCCUUGUUUAACCAGAAUGGCAGGAAUCCCUGUAGAUAAAGAGACAGUCAGAGAAUCUAAACCCCAAGUCGUGCUGUCUUUAUGUUUACUAUAAGUUGCAUUGAUUGUACUGUCGGAGCCUGGUAGCCAUUAUCAUCACUUCGACUUUGAUUAGUGAAUGACUCUUUGUGGCACAACAGCUUCAAAUGUUACAAAAAUGAUGGCUGCAUAUAAUGGUGGCUCCUCGGCCGUGGCUGCACAUCACCCUCACCACCACCACCAGCUGCAGCAUCUCCCACCUCCACACAUGCAUCACCACCACCACGUGGGCCAGCAUCACUUGCAGCACCCGGGCUCCGCCGCUGCCGUUCACACCAUCCAACAGCACACCUCCACUGCUGCUGCCGCUGCCGCCGCUGUGAUGCUCAACCCCGGUCAGCAGCAACCUUACUUCCCUUCUCCGGCCCCUGGACAGGCCCCAGGGCCCGCGGCGGCUGUGGCUCCAGCCCAAGUUCAAGCCGCAGCUGUCAAAGCUCACCAUCAUCACCACAACCACCACCACCACCAUCAGCAGCAGCACACACACCACCUGCAGCAGCAGCUUGAUAUCGAGCCUGACAGGCCUAUUGGCUAUGGUGCGUUUGGGGUUGUCUGGUCAGUCACAGAUCCCAGAGAUGGAAAGCGAGUCGCCCUGAAAAAGAUGCCCAAUGUCUUCCAAAACCUUGUUUCCUGCAAGAGGGUGUUUCGAGAACUGAAAAUGCUAUGUUUCUUUAAACAUGAAAAUGUUCUCUCUGCUCUUGACAUUCUGCAACCUCCACACAUUGACUACUUUGAAGAAAUAUAUGUAGUGACUGAACUGAUGCAAAGUGACCUCCAUAAGAUCAUUGUGUCACCACAGCCCUUGAGCUCAGACCACGCCAAGGUUUUUCUCUAUCAGAUUCUACGAGGAUUGAAGUACCUUCAUUCGGCUGGCAUUCUUCACCGAGACAUUAAACCUGGCAACCUCUUGGUCAACAGCAACUGUGUGCUAAAGAUCUGUGAUUUUGGCCUGGCACGAGUGGAAGAGACUGAUGAGUCGCGGCACAUGACUCAGGAAGUGGUGACGCAAUACUACCGAGCACCAGAGAUCCUAAUGGGGAGCCGCCACUACUCCAACUCAAUCGAUAUCUGGUCUGUUGGGUGUAUCUUUGCUGAGCUGCUGGGGCGAAGAAUUCUCUUUCAAGCCCAGAGUCCCAUCCAGCAGCUGGACUUGAUCACUGACUUGUUGGGGACUCCUUCGAUGGAGGCGAUGAGGACAGCGUGCGAAGGGGCUCGUGCACACAUUCUCAGAGGACCGAACAAACAGCCAUCCCUUCCUGUUCUUUACACACUGUCCAGUCAAGCGACUCAUGAAGCUGUCCACCUCCUCUGCAGGAUGCUGGUGUUUGAUCCGUCGAAGCGGAUUUCAGCAAAGGAUGCCCUGGCACACCCGUACCUGGAUGAGGGUCGACUGCGCUACCACACAUGCAUGUGCAAAUGCUGCUACACGAUGUCCUCUGGCCGCGUUUACACAAGUGACUUUGAGCCUGUCACCAACCCCAAGUUUGAUGAUGGCUUUGAAAAGAAUCUAAGCUCUGUGAGACAAGUCAAAGAGAUCAUCCAUCAGUUCAUUUUGGAACAGCAAAAAGGGAGUCGAGUACCACUGUGCAUCAACCCUCUGUCAGCUGCUUUCAAGAGUUUUAUCAGUUCCACAGUGGCUCAGCCCUCCGAAAUGCCUCCUUCGCCACUGGUGUGGGAAUAGCUGCUGUAGUGAGUGCGGUCAUCUUUGCCAACUGUGAAGAUGCUAAAACGGAAUCAUGAAAGCGUCUCGAUGUCUUCUGUCACCUGGGUAGUGUUUCACUGGAAAGCAGGGCUCUUCGUUCUGCUGGUCAUAUGCUAAAAUAUGAAGGAAACAAAAAAAAAUCCAUUCACUACUGCUAAUGCGGGUGUAUUAGAAGGUCGCAAAUUUAGGGGGAAAAUUACUUUGUAGACCAAAUCAGAAUGUGGCAAAUGUCAUGUGUCAUCCACUAAGAUUUAACAUCACGCUGCUCUGUAAUGAAGUCCAUUUGUUUUUAAUGUACAUAUUUGAAAAACGGAUUUGUAUUUUAAAAAAUGUGCUUUUCAUAAGAUGUGAUUGUGACUUUCCCCCUUGUGACAAGGCUUGUACUACUAUAGCUGUCUUUUGGUCUCCACUGUUAAGUGAACCAAAUUGGCAUGAAACCCAACCUGAUAUUCAGACAAUCGACUGUAGCUGCAUCAUCAGAUUUUUUGGGGGGAACUUUUCUUAACAACAAAAUGUUCCUCAGUACAUUAAUGAAUUUACUGAUACUGUACUCCUCCACACUUUUUUUUCUACUUGUAGUAAGUUUAAUUACCAAAGAUGAUGAGACAUACACUCAAGUAGUCAAAAUAUUCCGACUGUGUGCAAAAUGGGUGUGUUCUUUAAUAUCAGGCCAAUUUUGAAGUCAGCAUUAUGACAAAGAAGAAAUAUUUUUUUGGGCUACAUCCUCAACGGUUUCAGAGGUCAUUUUGAUUAAGGGAAUAUCAAAUUUGCAAUUUCCAGAGACAGGAAUGGAAUUAAUUUGAACAUGUAUGUGAGGUUUUCCACUCAAAAUGUAUUCAUGUUGUCAUGCAUGCAAUUUGAGAGAUAUAUGCAAACCAAUUUUCUGGGAGAGGCACUUAAAAUUUGAAUUGGUCAACCGCAGUUACACCAGUACGAGUCGGAUAACACCAGAAAAAAACAGCCGAAGUUCUUCAAUGUGUUAAGUCUUUUUAAUUUUUUUUUUUUUUUU